UCCAUCCAUCCGGCUGUUGUGUCGGUGUUAGCUUUGCGCAUGUGAAGUAGCCGAAAUUGACUAUAGCCGUGCUCAAUAGCGGUUGACCAACUUGGUUGUGAGGAGGAGGAUCCCGAAUAGAGUGUGGUGCAAGACCGUCGCUGUUCAAUGAGAAAUGUGCCACAACGUUCGAUAAUAUGCUGCUGAAUGUGUUGAAGCAAGAAGUAUGGCAAUGGAAAUCAAUGGGCUCAGUACAAAAGAAGCACUUCGUCGUCUGCACCAGUGCCUUGAAGUGGAAUUGGACACAUUCAAGUCCAAAGACGAAGGCUACGUAUGGCUGAAGACGGCUAUGCAUCACAACAGUGCCCAUUCCAUGUUCCGUUGGCCAAGUGCCUUACUAGUGCUUCUGGAAGUGAUAGUUUUCAUCAUUGUAUUUGCUGUUGAUAGCAGCGGAGCAGUUCUUCUCGGUGAUGCCCUAUUCCUUUUGUGUGUCUGGGCAUUCAACAUAGCAUUGGUCUCCUGGAAUGCUCGUCUGCGUCAUCAAGAAAUGCACCAUCGUGCCAAAGACAUCAUUGCAAGUGUUAGCAACUGUAUUCAUCAACAUGAAAGUGGGUUCCACUGGGGCCACACAGGACCAUCCACGGGACUGCACCAGCCACAGUCUCCCUGCAUUAGUCUUCAGUGGACUCGAAGAGACUCUCGACGUGUUAACCUCCCCGUUCCGUUGCUAGUAAAUGGAGAUGUGAUCACAGUGAGACCUGGUCACCAAGUACCUGGCCGUUGCUCCCUAAUCACCAGGGAUGCAGAGACAGAGCUGGUUCUGGAGGAAGGCGAUACAUACAUCCCAGAAACAACACACUCUUCCACAACUUUUGCGAAGGCUCGGUUGAGACGGCCGGUGGAGCCCAGGGACUUCUUAAUGCUCGAAGCACCCUUUCUCAAGUAUAUGAGGCUGUGUUUACACAAUGCCCUCGAACGUCCAGUGACUGUGUUUGACAAGGAGCACCGUCUAGUACACAGCCACUACUUGGAGAAGCGGGCCAUUCCACCAUUACUGAUACUAGUCCUGGUACUCAAGCUGGUUGAGUGGCGGUACCUGGGUUGCAGUGCAACAGGUAUCAUCCUGCAGCCUGCCCUUGCUGUGUUACCACUCUUGCCCUUAGCAUUGCCACUGAUGUGGCUGACCCUGAGUGCUCUGGGCACAGCAAGGCUUCUACUCCAAGUCCGCUUUUCCAAGGCGCUUCCGUGUAAUAAAGAAGACCCUUUUGAAGAAAUGGAUGAGUUCCUGAGCAGUGGGAUGCCUGAACAGCGUCUGGCUUGGGGGCAGCUACGAAAAUUGGCGGCAGCAUUGCUGUGGGGCCAAGAGGCACAUCUGUGGCGCAGUUCUAGUCUACUCCAAGUUCUUGGGAGUGUUACAACUCUUUGUUGUGUGGAUAAAAAGGGCAUUCUAUCCUGGCCCAAUCCAACACCAGAAAAAGUGUUCUUUUUGAAACCUCCAAGCAGCACUUCUAUCCACCAUGACGAUGAAGACAAUCCUGUACAGGACCUCACCUUUGAUCAUGCAGUUCAGGAGAGUGGUGAUGCUUUCCUCUCUUGCAAACAUGUGGAUGUUUUUGGGGAAGAGGGAACUGACUCUGCCAUCGAAAUGUGCACAGCCGAGGAUGAAGGCAGACAAGCACCACGCUCAUCGGGUGAUGAUCCUCCGGACCAUAUGUAUCAUCCUGGAAGUAGAGUAGAAGUGCUUGAUUUGACCCAGAGCAUGCAGUCAGCGUUCGGUGUGCAGUUUGAUGACCCACGCUGGAAGGACUACAUUGCUAAUCUGAAGCCCCUGGGGCUGAGCAUCCUUCUCAACACAUGUAAUCCAGCAACACAGGAGAAGUACACACACUUCUGUGACCAUAUUGCCUGUGAGAGUUUACACAAUGAAUCGGCCGUGCCCGUCGUCAACAAAAGAUGCUUGUGUGACCUGGCUGUUCAAAUAGGCUUCACUGAGAAGGCAGUCGAAGGGUACCAGUUUCUGCAGCACAUUGCGCUGUUUAGGCAUGUGCAACCAGAGGUGAUUCAGAAAGGACGCUUGGCACGGUCUCUCAAUUUCCCAAGACUCAAAAUGCCUUUCCCAAAUGCUUGCUGUGCCAUUGUGAAGGAGCUCUCAUCGGGGACCAUGCAGAUGUUUACCCAGGGCACAGCCGAUUUAGUUCUGGACCUGUGCUCAGAGUACUGGGAUGGACGUGACCUGUGCCUUCUUAGUGACUCAGAUCGCAAGCGCAUCCUAGAUUUCUACCAACGAUCGAGCCUCACUGCGUACUGCAUGGCAUUUUCAUAUGCACCCUUAUUGACUACAUCUGGAAAAAGCAGUGUGACACCAUUGCACCCUGACCUGGAGACUGCCUACCUGCAGCUACCUCCAGACAGUAGUCACUUAUUCUCUUCGGUGAGCAAGAAACUGGGUUGCUGCCCUGUGACACACCAACUUGAAUUGGAAGCUCAGACCGGAGGGCAUUAUCUAAGCACAGACUCCAUUUGUAUGGAGGAUGAUGGUACGCCAACUGACCUCAGUGCCACUGUAUCGUGCCUCAGCAAUCAAGUCUUCAUAGGGAUGGUCACUAUGCAGUAUCAGGCAUGUCCUGACUUUGUGAAGCUGAUUGAGCAGUUGGACAAUGCCUGCAUCCGGUUUGUACAUUUCUCCAAAGAGAAUGAGCUCCGAAGCCGGGGCUUCUCAGAAAAGAUGGGGCUGGAGAGUGGCUGGAACUGCCAUGUUUCCCUGCUCAGUGACAAGCAGAGGACAGAAUGUACAACCUCCACUGGCCAUCUCUCUCAAGCAUCUGGUCGAAGCGCAACUUCCGAUCCUUCUUCAUCCCUGGACUUGGUAGACGAAACUGAAAGGCUGUCAGUAACUGACAGAAAGCCAUAUCCGUGCCCACCACGGAGCAUCAGUGCACCCAACAUUGUUAACAUCGACACUUCUACAUCUGGCCGUCGAAGCAGUGAAUUGUUUUGCUCACGGAACAAUAGCCUAGUGCCAGGUGCAAGGAGCAACGUCCAAGAGACUGAUGAGACCAACCGUUUGUGGUGCACCAUUGAUGGAGCACCCUCCCCUAGCAGCGACACAGACAGCAGUGCUCCUGUCGCUUUUGACAUCUCUAACAGGGCAAAACUACCACGUGGCAUCGAGAACAUCCGUCCCCACAUGGAGCAGGUAGACAACGUUCCUCUGCUGGUGUCUCUGUUCACAGACUGCACCCCCGAGGCCACACUGGAAAUGGUGCGCAUUAUGCAGGAGUAUGGGGAGGUUGUCUGCUGCUUUGGAAGUGCAUUGCAUCUUCUCAACUUACCAGUCUUCUUACAAGCAGACUGCAGCAUAGCUGUGGAACCACUGGCACCACAGCUGUGUGGCCGUCAGUCCCAGUGCUCUCCACAGACAGUUCAAGAACACUGUUUGGUGACACCGUGGGAGCUGGCUCGCACCUUGGGAUCCUUGCCUUGUGUGCUUAGUGGAUGCCGAGACGAUCGGAUAAGCCUCUAUCACCUUAUCAUGGAGGCCCGUCAUUAUACAAUGGUUGCCCGCAGUGCCAUGCAGUUCCUCUUGUGUUGUGGUGUCAGCUUAUCUCUAGCCCAGUUCUUGGGCUGCUUAUUGAUGCUGCCUCCACUCCUGUCAGCCACUCAGCUGCUCUGGUUGGGUUGCGUAGCUCUUCCUAUUCUCUCUGCAUCUCUCCUGGUUGGUGGAUGUCUUCAGGUGGAUCCACAAGUCAUGAGCUGUGCCACAGGGAAAAACCUCAAGCGUGCAAACAAGCAAAUGAUGGCGUUCUUUCUGGGCUGCUAUUGUGCCAAAUUCUGCCCUUCGGUGCUUGUAGCCAUUACUACCUUUGCCCUGGGUAUGGCCAAUCUAUGUUCUUCACACCCAGAAACAUCGUCUACCCCUUGCUGGCUUCUUCAAGGGAAUGGAGCAGACGGCACAACACAUACCAACAUCUGGGUUUCCGGGGUAGCUGUAUGCCAAAAUUUGGUGGCCUUUCUACUAGUCCUAUACUUUGUGGCCAUAUCUGUUGGGUUUGUCCACCGAACCCAACCACUUUGGCGCCGAAACCCCCUCUCUAAUCGGUGCUGGACUGUUGCCUGUAUAUCUGUGAUGCUACUCCAACUGAUGUUCUCAGUGGGUGACGUUGCCCUUCAUCAUCCCUCCUUUGGGGAAGCCCUCUCCUCCAUACCUCUCUAUGUCUGGCUCCUUGGGUUCCUGUGGCCUUUACUGCUUGUACCUCUCAAUGAGUUGGUCAAGCUGCACGAAAUUAAUGUCAACAAACGCCAGCAGAAGCGCGCCCGCCUAGAAUUUGGUACCAAACUUGGGAUGAACUCCCCAUUCUAGGAGCAGCGUUGAAAGCUUGACUCACCACCAUAGUGCUCGGGCUGUAUGUGGCCCACGGACAGAUCCAGGAUUUAUCUGAGAGGAGUAUCCAGUAUAGGACACGCUACAUACACUGCUUAAGGUCAAUUGAUGAUCUCAGUGAUGAAGAAAAUCGACGGACAUCCAGGAUCCCUCAAGGUCCGUGGCUUCGAGUAGAUGUCAUGUCAUCGUCGACUGUUAGCACAUAAGGCGGAGAAAACACCCACAAACUUUUGUCUGACAGUGCAAUGUUUUCUACAGGAACUAUUCAUGCUCAAAAGGCAACAUAUAGAUUAGUGCAAGAUUGCCUGUAGAAGGGGGGGGGG